UAUUAAUGAGUAAUAAAGUGUUUACAGGAAAUAAGUCGUUGUAGAAUUAAUCGAACCACUUCAUACUGACUUUAUUUAGUUAAAAAAUAAUGUAUGUGGUAAGAAAGUAGCUUCCAAACACACCCUGGAAAAAAAUGAGGUUAACUUAAAACAUUUGACUGUAGUAAAACUAAUAUUAAUAUUCUUGAGAAAGUGAAGAAAUCACUCAACAUUAUGUAUAUAAACAUGAAUCUCAGGAUACACAUUUUUCUCAUAAUUCUAAAGUAUUUUAAAUAUUUGGAAACUAUUAACAUUCAGUGUCAAAUUGGAGAAGAAAGAAAAAACGCCAGCAUUUUAAUACAAUGGAACCAAACCCAAUCUCAAAGAGACUUUUUCGUUCUUUAUAAGGUUAAUAAAUUCAACCACGAGAUAGAAACUGUACACUGUGAUUUGAUUGACUUAUGUGGCACUUUAAGUAAUCAAUUUGGUUCUGUAAGUGCACAUUUUCACACUAUUGACACAGUUGUAGUAACGUUUAAUAUAGUUUCUAGAGAGCAUGAAGGUGAAUGGAGAGUCAAAUUAAAAAGCUUAACAAAGAUGACGUUAAAUGAUUCAUGUCAUUUUACAACUUUCGCAAGACCUGACGAUGUUCGCUGCACAUUUGAGUCUCAUAAGACCGACAACUUAACUAAAGUUACAUGCUCAGCUGUUAGAAUUUACCCAAAGCACAGAUGUGCAAUUUAUCACUAUACUAUAGGUAACGAUAGUUUGGAGUUACAGAGAAUAUCCUAUAUACAUGUGAAACAUGAAGGAGAGCCAGUCUACUAUACAUCAACUUGUACGCUCUAUUUUGACUACUCUUCCUUCCCAAUGCCAGAGUAUAAUUUUACAGUGACUAUGUAUCCUGACGUAACAAUGACUGAAAAUGAUCAACGUCUUGGUAAAAAUAAAAGUCUAACACUUCUAAAAGAUAAUGAAGAUGAAAAAUACUUAGGCAGAGACAUAAAUACAGAAUCUAGCACUGGGUUGAGCUUUUUAAUCACAUUGUAAAACAUGACCCAUUGUCAAAAGUUAUUCAUCAAGUAUCAUUGCAUAGAGCACAAAGAAAAGAGUCGUUCCAAGAUAGCUGGAUGGACAACGUCAACAAGAGACCGUGUAGGCUCGUCUUUGGUAUUAUACGAAGAAUUUCAGCUGACUCGGAAAAGUGGAGAGGCUUGGUUACUCGAAAUGUCAAAGCACCCUUAGGAUGUAUUUCAAGGGAUAAAUGGUAACGAUAAUAACGUUGUUAAAAAACAGAACUAAUAAACUGUCAUAUCAUUUAUAUGAUACAAAAUGUGAUAAGUAAACAACAAAUUAUAGAAUUAAUAGUCAGGGUUAUGGGUCACCAGCUCUGAAUAAGAUAGUGGCAGUCACCUUUCAGUUUAAAAUCAACUUUAGAUCAUACCAUUUUUUCUUUCAUAAUCGCUCUUUUAGAUCUUCUAAUUUCAGUUUUAACUUUUUUUCUAUAAUAAAUUCACAAUGUCUCAAAUUUCUUCCUACGAUUUAUCAGUAAUUAGACAAAGACCCAAUAAAAUAUCCAUGUAUUGCCAGAACAAUUACUCGAUCGUGAAAAAACAUUAUAUUCUGUAUCUAAUUCGUAUUAUAUUUCUAUCUGGAAC